CUCCCGCUCCCUCGUCUCCUUUUCAAAACCCAACCGACCACCUGCCGCGCGCCUCCCGCCGGGGGGCACGUGCCUUCAUGACGUAACCCACCGACACAUGAUGUCACCGAUCCUUCGGCUCACUCAACGACGCGUGUAUGUGGGAAUGCGUGCGUAAAAGUUGUUUCAAGAACGACUGGCGAUGCUUUUCCGCCGGUAUUUUGGAAUCUUAUCACCCAAAUGUUUGCAAAUCUACGACUUCGAUGUCGCUGGCUAAAUCGAUCGUUCUGCGCUCGUUACUGUCGCUCGCGGUUUCGGUACUCGAUUGCUUUUCCCUGGCGGGGAGCGCGCGGCGUUUGAGCGGCGGCGACCGGGCGCUCGAGCUUCGCUUCGCCUCACGGUUGCGGGUCCCGAUGCUGCGGUCCGAGUCGUACAUCGUGGUGCCUCCGGGAGGGCUGGAGGAAAACUUCCUCAGCCUGGACGACAUCCUGAUGACCCAGGAGAAGGUCCCCUGCCGGACUGAGGUUGUGCUGCCACGGCUCGGCUUCCUGGAUAAGGGCAGUGAGGCCGACCUCAUCCCCGAGGGUACAAAGAUGGAACUGCCUCUUUGGAUAGCCAAAGGAUUGUGUGAUCCCAAACGCCGCAUAGUGUCUGCCAGCAUUCCAAAGGUGUAUAGAGGUGGUUGGCGGACUAUUUUCAGUGCUGAUGCAAAGGUAGUGGACUUGCACAAAAUGGGGCCAUAUUAUUAUGGGUUUGGAACGCAACUGCUGCAUUUCAACAAUCCAGAGAAUACAGAUAUUGCUCAGACUAUCCUACAGACAUUUGUCAAUCGGUUCCGUCGGAUCAUGGAUUCCUCACAGAAUGCAUACAAUGAGGACACUUCAACACUGGUGGCUCAUCUGGACGAACUGGAGCGGGAACUGUUUCGAGCUGGUCAAAAGGGAUUGAACGACUUCCAAAAGUGGGAGAAGGGGCAGGCUGUCCAAUUAACCACUUCCAACCUAGUUCAGAGCUAUGGUAAACGGAAAUUUGCGGAUAUGGAAGUGUAAAGUCUCUGUAUAGCUGAUCAUAGACACUAUAAAGGAAAUAGUAUGAAGAUUCCUCUCGAUAUGUGGAUUUCCUUAAGCCGAAAAUAAUCCUACAUAAGUCGUGACUGAGUUAUUCAGAGAUCAAAACUAAACAGGCACUGCAAUGAAAUGAGGCAGAAUAACACUGAUAGUGUGAUUCCACUGGUACCUGUUCACCACCCACCUUCCACACACACACUAAGCUACUUAUAAAGCUAAAUAUUGACGCACUGACUAAUUGUUUAAGUUCUAUGGGGUUUUAGAUGUUUUUGUCAUGGGUCAUUCUCCCUUCAUUCUGAGCGCUGCUGACAUCCAUUAUAGAAACCCUGAAGCAUUACUUUGUAAUAAAAUGGAAUUGACAGUUGCAUCUAUUGAGCUACUAGGGAAGGGUACAAGGUGAAAACUAAAUUCUUAAUACUUUCAGUGCCUUGUUUUCCUUCUACACUUUAUUAUAAGUUUGACUUGCCAUUUGAAACCAGAGAAGGGUUCGGUGCAGCUUAGUGCUUGAUACACAAGUGCAAUGCAUGUGGUUUCUUGUUCAGACCUUUAGUGAAGGCUGUGCUAAUAUUGAAUCAUUGUUUCUCUGCUCUCUGAAACAACCUUACAGGCAAUUAUUCUCCCAUCAGCAGGCAAAGUAAUAAUGCCUUGGGUAUUAAGUAUUGAAAAUUUCAAUUCCAAGCUCAUUGGCUGUUUGAAUUUGACCAGUGCUCACCUCUUGAGUAUUGUAUUGUUCUUCAUCGGAUGAACAGAUGGGUGACUGGAAUGGCUCCAGUGUUAUUCUAUCUUGUUUUGCCUUUGUUUUGAUUGUUGAUGCAGUUUGGUUACCACUUGCUCUUUAACUCUGUGUGCUGUACCAUAAUUUGUUCCUGAAAUCCAGACUACUUGUACCACAUAAACAGAAGCAUAUUCCCUUGUAGUACCUCUCCUGCUGCCUGAGAGGAGAGAUGCAGCUUGUAGUAUUGUUGAAUAUUACCAAUGCAUGACAGUGAGAUUUACAUUCUAGAUCACCAGUUUAUUCCUCCAGACAUUUUUAUUUUAAAGUCUGAUUCUAUAUGUCCUUUGAGUUUAUGUUGCUAGUAAUUGGAAAGUAGACUAUUGUCUAAAGCACUUUAUUAAUAUAACUUAUCUCACAUUGAAAGAUGGGUAUGUGUUUCAGUGACAUCAUGGGCUUCUGAUGACAUUAAAAAAAGGGUAAAUAUAGGCUGCUGCCAAAAGAUUGUGUCAAAACUUUGAUUAUGCAUCCCUGUCAUCUAAAUAUAUCAAGCUUUUAAUAUACUUGCUGUUGUGUCAUGGAGCUGUAAGUAUACCAUCUGUUAAUUUUUUAACUGGAAUUUUGAAAUUGUGUUCCUUUCAAUUCGUCUUUGAUUUUGUACCUUUUAAGCUAUUUGUAAUUUUUAACAUUGGAUAUGAAAAGUUUUAUAUAAAUUGUCACAUUGAUUUCAA